AUGAUGGCAGCCGACGACACCAUGAGUUCCAAGCGUGCGGACAAUUGUUACAAGAAGGACCGUGGUACAAUGGUCUACACGCCGACAGACGCACAGCAAGCCACCGGCAAAGUGCACGAAAAAGUGUACAAAUUCUUCGAAAGUUUAUAUUGGAUGUACUACAUCCAUCUGCCAUACUACUUGAUGACGAGUUUUGACUCCUUCUGUCUCCAUGUGUUCUUCCUUGUGGUGUUCACGCUGUCGCUCUUCGGACUACUGAAGUGGGUCCUCAGCUUGUACUGGGCAACAGUUGGAUACAUGGCCUACGCUGCAACGGGGCAGUGA